AUGAAUUACGUUUCUGUGUUCUACGUUUUCGACUUUGCGACAGCAGUGCCAACUAACAUUGCUUUUCAAUCAAAAAGCAUGGACGGUCCACCCCCCUCUCCGAAAGAAUCACGGGUGUCACAGUUGGAGCAACGAGUUCGAGAGCUGGAAGCUAUGAUGGUCGGGCAAUCGUCAAAUAACACCGCCCUCGUUAUUCCGGUGACACCGACGCAACAGUCGAAACGUACGUGA